CAUCACCCCCCUUGUAGGUUGUGGCCACAGCAGACUUGUAUUAGUGGUGGACAUGGAUGUAUUAUAAGAGCCGCUACAUGACAGCUGUAAACAAACUACACCCGGUGGAGAUUCAGCUCACAAGCUCAAAAUGGUGAGCAGCAAAGCAUUUGCCCGCUGUGGGCUGGUUCUGCUGAGUUUGUGGCUGUGUAUCCAGUCAGUGCCUAUCAGUGUGGACAAGUCCAAAGAGAAGCGUGACGCGGAGGAACUGGAGCCGCCACAGAGUGCUGAGACCGGGCUACACUAUGACCGCUACCUCAGAGAGGUCAUUGAGUACCUGGAGAAAGACCCCCACUUUAAAGAAAAGCUUAAAAAUGCCAACAUGGAUGACAUCAAGCAAGGCAAACUUUCCCGAGAGCUGUACUUUGUCCACCACAAUUUUCGGACCAAGCUGGACGAGCUGAAGAGGGAGGAGAUGAACAGGCUGCGGAUGCUUAUCAAAGCCAAACAUGACGUCCAGGGGGAGAAUGGUCGUACAAUGAACCACCAGGCCCUGCUCAAACAGUUUGAGCACCUCAACCACAUGAACCCAGACACGUUUGAGGUGGACGACCUGGACCGCCUCAUCAAAUCGGCGACCAAAGACCUGGAGAACUUUGACAAGGACCGUCACGAUGACUUCAAGAGAUAUGAGAUGAUGAAGGAGCAUGAGAAGAGGGAACAUCUGAAGAACUUGAGUGAGGAUGACCGCAAGAAGGAAGAGCAGCAUUAUGAGGAGAUGAAGAAGAAACACGCUGACCAUCCCAAAGUGAAUCAUCCAGGCAGUGAAGACCAGCUGAAGGAGGUGUGGCAGGAGGGCGACGGUUUGGACCCACAAGACUUUGAACCCAAGACUUUUUUCAAACUCCAUGACAGUAAUGGAGACGGCUUCUUAGAUGAGACUGAGCUUGAAGCUCUCUUCACUAAAGAGCUUGAAAAGGUGUACAACUCUGAAAAUGAAGAAGACGAUAUGGUUCAGAUGGAGGAGGAGAGACUUCGCAUGAGAGAGCACGUUAUGAACGAAGUGGACACCGAUAAAGACAGACUCGUGUCAAUGAGCGAGUUCAUGGCGGCCACUCAGAAGGAGGAGUUUCGCGAAAAAGACGAGUGGGAGACUUUAGAUAAUAACCCCUUAUACACAGAGGAGGAGCUGAGGGAGUAUGAGCAGCAGCUGACCAACGAGAAGAAUGACAUCAACAAGAAGUCGACCGAGCUGCAGACACAGAGGGAGGAGCUCGAAAGGAAACAGGAAGAGCUUAAUGCUCAGAAGUUGGGUCUACAGCAGGCAGUUGAAGAAAUGGAUAGAAUAAAGGCCCAGAGCACAAACGCUGAGGUCAAACGUGAAGGUGACGCAGCACCAGUUAUACCAGGAAACAAUCAGCCACUGCCCCCUGGUCACCAGCAGCAAGAUGUACCAGUGCCAGGACACUCUUAGCAGGUCUCACCACUCUGCAAGCUGCAGGGAUGCCACUGACCGUGUGUGUGAGUGUGAGUGUGUGUGCGUGUUUACUCUGAAAUCAUUUCAAUUUUCUGUUUUCUAUUUAGAAUUUUCAAAACACCACUGGACAAAAACAUGCCGACACAUUAAGAGCAUGUGAGAAAGUCUGAUUUUAGGCCUUAAAUUCUGUCAAUUACGUCAUUAUUCCUCUUGUUGGUGGAUUCGACUUGAAAUGUGAAGCUUGUCCAUUUGUCUGUGUUCACAAUCAACUCUUUUGUUUUUGUCGUAUUGAUGUUUUGUCACAACUAGGACUCUGUUCUCCAUGGGGAGUAUAAGGGAGGAGGCCCUGAUAAGUGAAUGUUUUGUUUAGUUUACACUGUAGUUUAUUGUCUCUGCUACUGUCUCUAAGACAAAAACACACUUUUUUUUUUCAGGUGAAGUGAGCUUAGUAUUUCAGAAAUAAAUUUAUGUUUUAUGUAUGUCACCACAGAGUUCAUGUAGAACUACUGGCAAAUGAAUGACAUGGUCAUGAAGAGUUUUCAUUUUCCAUAUGGAAACAGCACUUCAACCCAUUUUCCUACAAGUUACAUUUUUCUUAAAGACUUAAACUUAAAGCUUUACCUCUUAAUUAUUACAUUGGUAAUAAGGUUUCAUUUCAAACUAAGUGAAAUGUGUUCACAAUCGUGUUUAACAAAAUUUUAAAUGAUCUUGACCUCCAAAAUCUCUUUACUAUUUUAUGAGACUUUAAUAAGACUGCAACAAUUACACACAGAUCAUCAAACAUUGUUUUCUUUUAAGUAUUUUUCGCACUAGCAAUGGAACUCUUACAUGUAUAGAAAGCAGAAAAACUACUUCACUUGUAUUUUCUAUAUUUUCCCCCUUGGACCAGAUGAUUGAAGUACAUAUUUAUUUUACAGAUGAAGUUACAUAUAUUAUAUAUUUAAAUUACUGUGAUUGUGCUGGUUUUAGAGUGAGUAUGUGAGUUCUGAAUUGGUUGUUUACAGUGAGCUUUUGUCAGUGCUUGUGAGUGCAUGUGUACGAAUCUGUGUCAUUUUUCAAAAUGGAAUAAUUUAAGUCUUCUCUACAUCACUGUUAAUGAAACUUAGCUUGGAAGUUUAAUCCAAGAGUCACAUGGUCAAAAACAGAUUUCAAAACAGUCACAUUUUAGGAGAGAUGCAACAGAUAAGAGAUAUAAUCAGGACACAAAGACGGAUCCUUUGAAGUGCAAGUUUAUUUCUGUCUCAAAUCUAUCUGCCUCCCAACAUCUUUAGAGCCCAGUUUACCUCAAGUUUUAUUUAUUUAUUUGAGGUUUUGAAUGUGGACAAUAAAGUGAAUGAGCCUGCA